AUGCUCAAAUCUCAGGAGAAUCAGAUUAAGCUUGCAAUGGAGGAAAUUGAGAAACAACAUGAUGAGAAUUUAAAGCAUCAUGCUCGAUAUUUUAAAUGUGAGGUUACCAAGCUUCGUGGCGUUGCUAAAGCGCGUCAUGAGAUUUUUAUUAAGAAAGUUAAGAAGUUAGAAGAAUCUGUCAGUCUAAAAGUGGUCGAGCUUAAGUCUGAAAUAACCAAAGAAGUGGCAAAGCUCGAACAGGCUUACUCAACUCUUCAUGGCAAAGUUGAUGUUAUUUCUGAUGUCGUGGCGAAGCUUGUGGAAUACAACACAUCGUAUUCAACCAAACUGGAUGCAAAAACCGAACAAGAUUCGAAAGUGUUCGAAAAUAUGGAGGAAUUUAUGAGCAGUUUAAAAGAAUCUCUUUCGAAGCUUCAUCUUUCUCAACAAUAUUAUGUCUCAGGAAUCAAUCUCAAAGAUGAUUUCAUCUAUUGGAUCGAAUAUCAAGGCGGAGCUUGA